AUGGCAGAUGGACGUAGAUCUGUUUCGAAGACGACACAGGGAGAGGAACAGAAGGAAGAGAAAUCUGACGUUGAAAAAUUUAUGGAAUUAAUACUAACAAAAAUGGAAGAAAAUAAUAAUAAAAUAGAAACAAAAUUAAUUCACUUGGAUGAAAACAACAAGAAAAUGAGAAUAAAACUAGACGAGACUAGUCAAAAAGCAGAAGGAAAUAGUAAAUCAUUAGAACAAAAAUUAGAAGAAAAUAGUCAGAAAGCAGAAGAGAAUAAUAAAUCAGUAGAGCAUAAAUUAGAAGAAAAUAGGGAGAAAUUAGAAGAAACAUUAGAGAAGAUGGAAUAUAAACUUGAGGAGACAUCUAAGAGACUAGAAGAACAAAUUGAACAAAGGCAUAAAGAAAGAAUUAAUAUGGUAGAGGAAGAUAUGGAAAAGGAAGCAGAAUGGACGAACAAGAGAUUUAUGAUGGUAGAUGAAAAUAUAAGUGAAAUAAAGAAAGAACAAAAAACAUCUAAAGAAAAGGAGGAUCAAUUGGAAAAUAAAUGGAAGAUUGAAGUAAAAGAAGUAAAACAAGAAAUAGAGAAGAUGGAGAGGAAGAUAAGAAAUACAACUAAAGGAACUAUAAUACAUACAAUUGAAACCUCAGAUAACAGGAUAUAUUUCAAUGGAGAUUAA